AGACUGAUCGGUGUUGAGAGAGUGCGCUUACAGAUUGCUCUGAAAUAUCUGGUUAUUAUCCGCGGAAAUCGAGUUUAUUUUUGUAUUGUUUUGAUCUGUGAAGACUGCAGAGAUGUUGAGGGCGCUUGUGCUGGCGAUCCUGUGCUGCUUUCAUGCGGCGUCUGCAGGAAGCCACUCCCUGCGGUAUUUCUUCACGGGGGUCUCAGGGGGGAUGGGGUUCCCUGAGUUCACUGCUGUGGGGCUGGUGGACAAUGUGCAGCAUGUGCACUAUGACAGUGUCACCAAGAAGAUGAGACCCACACAGGACUGGAUGGAGAGAUCUGUGGGACCGGAGUAUUGGGAGGGAGAGACUCAGAAAGCUUUUGGGACACAGCAGGUUUUCAAAGACAAUAUUGGAGUUGCAAUGCAGCGCUUCAACCAGACUGGAGGAGUUCACACUGUUCAGAGAAUGGUCGGCUGUGAGCUGGAUGAUGACGGGACCAAGCGGGGGUUUGAUCAACAUGGGUUUGAUGGGAUGGAUUACGUCAGCUUCGAUAUGGACACCCUGACCUGGAUCGCCACUAUAAUGCAGGCCGUCAUCACUAAACAUAAGUGGGAUGCUGACAGAGCCAGGAAUUAUGGGUUGAAGGUCUAUCUGGAGACAGAGUGUAUCGAGUGGCUGCAGAAGUACGUCCAGAAUGGGAGGGAGACUCUGGAGAGGAGAGUUCCCCCUGAAGUGACUCUGCUCCAGAGGAAAACUCGUGGAUCUGCAGACAUGGAGGUCCUGUGUCAUGUGACAGGGUUCUUCCCCCGCGCAGUGGCAGUGAACUGGGUCAGAGACGGGCAGGAUCAGCUGGAGGAGGGGGUGCAGAGUGGGGAGGUGCUGCCCAACCAGGACGGGACCUACCAACUAAGAAAGAUCCUGACACUGAGCCCUGAGGAGCAGGGGAGACACCGCUACUCCUGCCAGGUGGACCACAUCAGCUUCAAAGAGAGACAGAUCUACAUCUGGGAUCCCAACAUGAGGAGCAGCAGCGAGGUGCCUGGGUGCGGGAGCGGGUGCGGCUCCUCUAUUCGGCUCAUUGUUGGAGUAGUGGCUGUUCUGGCUCUGGCUGCAGCGGUUAUUGGAGUGGUGAUCUGGAAGAGGAGACAAGGAGGAGUGUGACUCCACUGCAGAGAGAAUCAACGACUUGGCAGAGAUUUACUCUUUUACAAUCCUUCAUACACAAUGCCGCUUUAUAGUUUGAUUUGAUCACACACAUUGCAACUGUGCAAACCAGUAGACAAGGAACCUGCCUCAAAA